UUAAAGAUGCAAGAUAGAAUAUAUGAUUGUAUUGUGAUUGGUGGAGGUAUCUCAGGACUACGCACUGCCACCUUAUUGAAAGAGAAGGACCUUGAUGUUUGUGUGUUGGAGGCCAGAGAUAGAGUAGGUGGACGAACGCACUCGGUUGUUGUUGAUGGAUAUAGAUGGGAUGUUGGAGGUCAGUGGGUUGGUCCAACUCAAAGAAGAGUGUUGGACUUGGUUAAGGAGAGUGGACAAAAGACAUUCCCACAACAACAGAAUGGAAAGAAGGUGCUGGAAAUUGAUGGAAAGUGUUCACGUUACUCUGGAACCAUUCCACCCCUCAACAUAUUUGGCAUGAUAGAGACCAAUAUUACAUUGUGGCGAUUGGAAAGAUUGUGCCAAACGAUAAAUGUUGAGGCGCCAUACCUCUCGCCCAACGCCGCCCAGCUGGACUCAAUCACAGUGCAACAAUGGAUCGAUCGCAAUGUAUACUCAAAGAUCACCAAGAAACUGAUCCACAUUGCCCUGAUCGCAGUGUUCUCGGCCGACCCUGCCGAGAUAUCAUUGUUGUUCGCGCUGUUCUACUUCAAAUCGGCGGGCGGCGUCAUGCCCUGCCUCGAGGUGGAGAAGGGCGCACAGCAGGACAGGAUACUUGGCAGCGCACAUCAGUUGUCAUUGACAAUGAAUGAGCGACUUGGAAACCAAGUCGUGCAUCUGGAGCAUGAGGUGCAAUCAAUCGACCACAAAGAUGAGGUGAUCAUCAUCACCUGCAACAAUAAUAAGCGAUUCUACGCUCGACGCGUAGUUGUCACGGUACCGCCCAUCUUGGCCACACGCAUCCAAUACUCCCCGGCACUGCCCACGCCCCGCCAGCACUUGACACAGCGCAUGCCAAUGGGCCAAGUGAUCAAGUUUGUGAUCUUCUACGACACGUGCUUCUGGCGCGACCUAGGCUUUGCCGGAGAGAUUGUGAGUGAUCGCGAGUCCAUAUGUGUGUGCUACGACGGCUCGUUUGAGGACGGCUCGCGAGCAUCCAUCGUGGGCUUCUUCGAAGGCAACUCGGCGAGAGAGUGGGCCGACCGUCCACAAGAGGACAGACGCAAGGAGGUCAUCGACCUGCUUCACAAGUCGUUUGGAGACGACCGCGCACUCCAACCCACGCGAUACAUUGACCAGAAUUGGAUGGCCGAGCGCUACUCACUCGGAGGCUAUGGAUCGCUCUGUCCGCCAGGCGUCAUCACCUCUGUAGGCAAUGCGCUACGCCAACCAGUGGACAAGAUACACUUUGCUGGCUCCGAGACUGGCAUGCAGUGGGCCGGGUACAUGGAAGGCGCCCUCCAGUCUGCUGAGCGUGUGAGUGAUGAAGUUGUCCAAGCCCUGAAGGGCAAGAAUGCCAAGUCUUCGUCCAAGCCCUACCAAUACAUGGAUACCAAACUCGCAAGAAGUAACAAGUCUGUCACAAGUGGUAGUAGCAUGGUACUGCUAUCCUGUACUCUAGUUGUCUUUGUGUCGAUGUUGGUGUUGUUGAUAAAG